UAAUUACAAAAUCACCAGACAAACGUCAUUGGUUCCACAAGUGUCAACCCCGCUAUCAACAUCAAACAAAAAAACAAACAUUAAAAUUUAAAUACUCGCUACAUGUACGACUAACUCUCUACCACAAACUCGUAAAAAUGUCUUCUCAAAUGAGCACAAAAGAAAAACUCCUUUACAUAAUCGACGACAUCGAACUAAUCUCCAAAGAGAUAAUCGAAAACUCGAUAGCCCCCAAGCACCUCAAACUCUCGGGCCCCGAAUACGCCCAACUCACUGAACUCCUCGUGGCCAAAAACAACGAACUGAACGACACCCUCAAACUAGCCUCCGAACAAGCCCAAAUUGACAAAAAAAUGGACAUUCUUAAAGCCGAGGUGGAGCGCCAAGACAACGACAUCAACCAUCUGCAAAAGCAGCUCAAAGAAGCCGAGCAAAUUCUGUCCACAGCGAUCUACCAAGCCAACCAGAAGCUCCAGUCCAUCUCCCGCGCUAAUAAGAGGCCGGUCUCAUCUGAAGAACUCAUUAAAUUUGCUCAUAGAAUCAGCGCUUCGAACGCCAUUUGCGCCCCGUUGACGUGGCAACAAGGGGAUCCGCGGCGGCCGUAUCCUACUGAUAUUGAGAUGAGACUGGGGCUGCUGGGGAGACUGAUGAGUGAUCCUAUAAAUGGGCACAUGCUGCAGCAGCAGAAUAGUUUGUCAGAUUUGCAUAGGCAGGGGCAUCCGGGGGAGAUUCCGGCGGCGCAGCAGAACCAGUUUGCGUGGCAUUCGUCAGGGGAGAUGCAUAUAAGUGUGGGGCAGGGGAGUGUGCCCAUGGAUACUAGGAAUCACAAGCAGGAGACUGAGGAUGUGGAGGUUAUGUCGACGGAUUCGAGCAGCAGUUCGUCGAGCGAUUCUCAAUAAACUUUUAUAUAUAUUUAAGUUGUAGAAUUUUUAAGUUUAAUUAAAAUGAGUACUGUGUA